CCGUGUUCUCGCGAGAGGCGUUGCCCACCUUGCUGCGGUUGCCAUGGUACGGGGCUUCGUGCUGCUAACGCUCGGCCGCGGACGGACCCGGCUCCUCUACUCGCGGCUGUUCGGGCCCGAGGGACCGCCUGCCGAGCUCCCGGUUCCAGCCUCCGAUUGGGACGCCGAGCUCGGGGCUCCAGUUUCCGACCAGGCCAGCCUCGGCCUGCAGCGUGAUAGGCUACGGGCGAAGGAACAGCUGAUGGCCGUCGCCAGGCAAGUGUCUUCUUCCUGUAUUUUGGCCCGGCAGGCAGCAGAUAAACCCCUCCCUGACUCAGGGGCUGCACUGAGUGAGGAAUCCAUUGGGUCCCAGGAGCCGGACUUGGGUGUGUUCCGACUCCCUGCUGGCGAUAUCUUCACCGAAGAAACAAUAGUUGUGUGGAUAGGAGUUCACUUCUUGGGCUUUGCCCUAAUCUGUGAUACUUACGAGAACCUUAUGUUGGCGGAGAAUACCCUGCGCCUGUUGGUCAGGUACUUUAAAGAGCAUCUGAAACUGUUCAACCACAGUAAUGAUAUUGUACUGAAGACAGAUCGAAUUGAGGCAAUCCUCAACACAUUUCUACCUCAUGGUCAACUGAUGUUUCUUAACUGUUGCUUUAUUCAGAGUUUGGAGAAGGAACUCAAUGCUUCCAUGUUGAAGUAAGACUAAAGCCGAAGUCACAGCAGCGGUUCAGAGAGAACCAGUGUUCAAAUUUAUGCCGACAUGAAAUGUCGUCUUCCUGAUGAGAUACCUCUGUUUGUUUGUUCCUAGAUGCUACCUGACCUGCUGAAUAUAAUCAGCGUUUUAUCCACUGAUGCUCUUGGAUGUUGAAAUGAAAAGCUUUCAUUUUCUUUACAGAUUUUUUAAACAAACUCUUCAACUUUCUGCCCUGCUUCUGGCGUAUAGAUCACCCAAUCAGUUGCUCAUUCAUUCUGAACCUGUAAAAGAAGGGCACACAUCUGAUUCCAACCACGUCCUGUUCCAGUUCAAUAAUUGCACUUUCUAACUGCAAUCAUCGUGUCGUGAUAGGGGCCCUAUCUAGAGCACAAAAACAUUCUGGUGUAGUGGUUUUGUCUCAGAGGUGAAACAGCUGAUGUUUUGCCAUGGAUGCUCAGUGCAACAAUUCAGGCUUCUUGUCCUUUAGUUAAAAUAUUAAGCUGAGGUCCCAUCCACUCCAGGUGAAGGGUCCCAAAAUAUCGACUGUCCCUUUCCCUCCGCAUAUACUGCCUGACUGCUGAAUUCCUCCAGCAUCAUUGCUGCUCGCAUCUGUCAUAUUCCAUAAGUGUAAAACAUCCCAUGAUAUUUUAAUGAAACAAAGGGGAGAGGGUGACUUCCAGUGUAUUGUGGAAUGACUUUCCCUUAAUUUGAAUUUGAAAUUCUGAUUGUUCAAAUUGGCUACUGCCCUUCUUGGAGCAAUUAAGACAUGCUUUAUUGUUUGUAAAACUUUGGGACAUUCUGAGGCUGUGACUGGUGCUACAGAAAUGCAAGUCUUCUCUGUUUUGUCAGUGAAAAAUGCAAAAAGAUGUUCAUAUUUUAAUGACAAAUUUCAUAUUGUAUCUGUGUAGUCAGACAACAGUAAAAUAAACAACUUUGUUUAUUCAA